CCAACAGAUGGACGUGUAUUGGAACGACGCCCUUGGAGCGUGUCUCGAGUUUUAGAGAUCUUCACAGGCCUGUGGUUCGUGAUGAUUACUUUUUUCAGAGGACUUUUGGCGCCUUUCAUGAAGGACAACAAUAGGAGCAGUGGAGGCAAUAGCCGAGGGAGCGGUUGGGGUGGCGGAAGCGGUGGGGGUGGAGGCGGAGGCGGAGGCGGUGGUGGCGGUGGCGGUGGCGGAGGUGGUAGUGGAGGUGGCGGUGGUGGAUUCGGCCCAAAUCGUCGCAUUGGUCGCAUCAAUAACACUUCAAUGGAUAUGCCUUGUGGAAGCUGCUGUGGAUGAACAAGUUUUGGUAUAACGUUUUAAAUACUGCCAACCAUUAACCAGUACUGAAACAUCUAAUAUGAAAUUUUAUAGAUAUGUUCUUUUUUACAAUUAACAUAUGUUUACAAUUACUUCUAUAAAAAUAAUAAUUUACAGCCGGUUUC